GCAGGGGGCGGGGCUGGGUGACGUCAUGACGCAGUGGAGUAGGGACAUGGCGGCGGAUUACUGGGAGACGGAGCGACCCGAACCUCCUUCAGACUGAACCGAACCACGGAGAACCCGGGCCGGACCGGGUCCGCCUCUGACGGUGUCUCCAGGUGGACGGCUCCGCCCCCGUCGGCUUCUCGCCCCCCCCUGCCGCCCGGACCCCCCCUCAUGGAGCGAAUCAGGAAGCUCAAACGGCAGCUGUCUGUCACUCUGGGGAGGGGCGGGGCCGGCGGCGGGGACCGGGCGCUGAACGACUCCAACACGCAGGAAGUGACGUCACACAGCGAUUCAGAAGUCCCGUCUCUUCGUUCCUCAGCAGCUCUGAAGGUCCGGGCCUCGUCGUCUUCGGUCCACUCGUUGCUGCAGUCCUAUGGCGGCUCCAUGAGGAGGCCCCGUGGUCUCGGCCGCAGCCUGAGUUCCUACCUGAACCGGGCCACCAGACUCGAAAUAGUUCAUGAAGACGUCAAGAUGAACUCUGGUGGAGAAAGCGAUCCGCCUUCGUCUUCAGACGAUGUUCAGAGUCCGGUCCGAGUCCGACUGAGGAACAAGAAGAUCUCAACGGAGGACAUCAACAAGCGUCUGUCGUUGCCGGCGGAUAUCCGUCUUCCUGAUGAUUACCUGGAGAAGUUCAGUGUGAUUGGUCCGGCUCUGUUCGAGCAGCCAAUCAGCAGGCGGCUCCGCCGAGUGUCUCUGUCGGAGAUCGGGUUCGGGAAACUGGAGACGUACAUCAAACUGGACAAACUGGGAGAGGGGACCUAUGCCACGGUGUAUAAAGGUCGCAGCAAGCUGACCGACAACCUGGUUGCCCUGAAGGAGAUCCGCCUGGAACAUGAAGAGGGAGCUCCCUGCACGGCAAUCAGAGAAGUGUCUCUGCUGAAGGACCUGAAACACGCCAACAUCGUGACGCUUCAUGACAUCAUCCACACGCAGAAAUCCCUCACGCUGGUCUUUGAGUACCUGGACAAAGAUCUGAAGCAAUACCUGGACGACUGUGGAAACGUCAUCCAUGUUCACAACGUCAAGCUGUUUCUCUUCCAAUUGCUCCGUGGUUUGUCCUACUGUCACCGGAGGAAAGUUCUCCACCGAGACCUGAAGCCCCAGAACCUGCUGAUCAACGAGCGAGGGGAGCUCAAGCUGGCCGACUUUGGUUUGGCCCGAGCCAAGUCCAUCCCAACAAAAACAUACUCCAAUGAGGUGGUGACGCUGUGGUACCGGCCGCCGGACAUCCUGCUGGGCAGCACCGACUACUCCACCCACAUCGACAUGUGGGGUGUUGGGUGUAUCUUCUAUGAGAUGGUGACGGGUCGCCCUCUCUUUCCUGGCUCGACAGUUGAGGAGGAGCUUCACUUCAUCUUCAAGCUGCUGGGAACGCCCAGAGAGCGCAGCUGGCCUGGAAUCAGUUCCAACCAGGAGUUCCUGGCUUUCAACUUCCCUCAGUACCGAGCCGAGAGGCUGAGCAACCACACCCCCAGGCUCAGCAGUGAAGGAGUGGAGUUGCUGUCGAAGUUCCUGCAGUUUGAAGGGAAGAAGAGGAUCUCUGCUGACGAAGCCAUGAAACAUUGCUACUUCAGUAACCUUGGAAACAGAGUGACAUCACUUCCUGACACGGUGUCCAUCUUCAGUCUGUCGGAGAUCCAGCUGGAGAAGGAGAGCGUGAAGCCGCCGGCAGUUCCUGAUCCAGCUACCAGCCCGACGCGGAGGCGGAGUCUGCUCUUCUGACACCUGAAGGAGACGGAGCCAUCUGAAAGGGAAGUGACCACAGGAAGUGACAUUUUACUUUGAAGGAUCUGAGACUACUGAUGUGAAACAAAGAAAACACUACAGAUUUCCGGAAUGUGAAGAAAACUUGUUUACAGACGAUGCAAUAAUGAAUCACAACAGGUACCGACCAAUCAGAGGGCAGCAUGUUUCAGAAACAAACCAAUCAGCUUCCGUCUUCCAAGACUUAAAAUCCAAACAUGGUAGACCAGGAGCAUCACCUCCAGCUUAUGACAUCAUCAUGAUGAUGUCACACUGCAGCAGGUGGAACGGGUCCCAACGUCCUGACAGAUGAUUCCAGGAACCAGUCAGCUGGUUCCAGUUACAGGUCACAUGACCCGACAGCGUAACAGGUCCAGGUCCCGUUACCACCGGUUAGCGUUAGCUCGUUAACUGCUAACGAGUUUCUGGCCUGUUUCCACCAUGUCCAGGUGCGUUUCACGUCUUCUCCUGGUUAAUACCAUUUCUGCUGGACGAAGCCAUCUGGACUCUUAUUGUGAAAGUUCUCUGCUGCUUCCUGUUAUGAUGAAACUCAGAGACGAAAUUUACAGUAAACCAGCUGGAUUCCCCCAGAUACAUGUCGGUAAAGAUUGAUGUGAUGGUGGCAGAUAAUGGGGCAGAUUGAUUUGGGUGGGGCAGAUAACGGGGCAGAUAGCAUGCUCUCCCUGGCCGGUCUCUCUGGGUUCUCCAGCAUCUUGACUGUUAGUCGAUCUGAUCGUGUCGGCCGUCUGAGCAGAAGCUCUUCGUUUCCUGAUUCCAUCCUGUAGAGUUCAGGGGUCAGUGGGCGGGGCUUCCCAGGUGAUUUAGAAACCUGUUAGCGAUAUUUUUAUACUGAAAUAAUAAAUGGGUGGAGUUUAGCAAUAGAGGAAGAGCUCGUUAACCGAUAUCGAGUUGUUCACUGAACAUGUCGGGUCGUGAGGCCAGAAAGCAGACAGCAGUGGAUGUUUCAAAAUAAAAGCAUUCCAUAGAGGAGCAGGUUGGACGAAGCUUUCUGUUGACCUCUGACCUGUGGGAGUGGGGUUGGUUCCAGUCACGUUCUCUCCGUCUGACUGCUGAAUGUAACUCGGGCAGCUCCCUGAUCGGCCGGUCUGCACACACCAAGGACGUUGUGCUGCGUUCAGACCUGCUACUUAAACUAUCGUUGUUGUUUUAAGCCAAAGUUCUCUGCAAUAUUCUGACCUGCAUGAUGGUAUCUCUCUUCCAGUGAACUUCCACGCUGUUCAAUUAGAAAUCUUCCAACGGCUCAGAAAGCACUGAAGUGUUUGUUUUACUUGAAUAAAAACAGGAAGUGGAUGUUGUUGUUGUAUUUAUCUGUCUGUAAUCUGGAUAUAUAAACAGAACUGACAUUAAAAGAUUUUAUUUAUUA